AUGGCUGAACAGGUGCUCCGGUCCCAGUCAGAGGAAGAGAAAAUGGGAUUGAGCCGGAAGAUUGCUCAUGAAGUGCAUGGGAGGGUCGCUACCUACAUCCCCCCUCACCUGCUGUCCAUGGCAGCUGAGAUCUUUCAUGCUCAGAGGCGCACCACUCAACUGGUGGAAGUCCCGGACUGGAACUGCAUUGGGCACAACCAGGAGAUGUGCAUGAAGCAUCUAUUGUAUGGUAAGACAUUGGGUGCUGCACCGGUGGUCAUCACACCUGCACCUGCACCUGCACCAGCCCCAGCCCCAACCCCAGCCUCUGCACCGGCGGUCACCACACCUGCACCGGCACCAAUGCCCUCAAAGACACCAGCACCAGCACCAGUCCCACCCCCAGUCCCAGGCCUAUCACCGGCGCCUGCACCUCAGCCUGUUCCAUCCUCCGGUCAGUCAUUACCGGCACACCGUUUCAGCAUUCACAUCCCCAGAAAUACAGCAUCCAGUGUGACUGCACCGGCCGGACCCUCCAAAUUGCGCAAGCGAGAACUCAGUACUAGUCCCCCUGUGCGUCAGUUCAAGAGGGCCUGGAAGCGUCUCCUCAAGUCAAGGGAAGUCUUGUCCGACACCGACUCUGACAAGGGAAAAGCAAAGGGGAAGGGGAAAGGGAAAGAGAAGGCAAAGGCAAAGGUACCGGAAGAUGAUGAGGAUGAGGAUGAGGAUGAGGAUGAGGAGAUGGCAACUGAUGUUGAUGAUAUUCCGGUCGUCCAGGCAAGUUUCUUUCCUUCUCUUUCACUUAACAUUACUGACAUAGCAAACAGCGCCAGAAGUCAACGUGAAACCCCUCCAAACACAAGAACAAGGGCGCUGCACCAGAGGGAAGCCACCAUGAAGCCGGGGAAACAACACAAACCUUCUACGCAUCCCGUGGGCAAGGACCACAGCAAGAAGGGCAAGGGCCAACAGCCACCGGACGUCAAUGGACCUUUACCUCGUUGCGAGAGAUGCUGGUCGAAGCAUGUGCAGUGCAUCCCGUGGUUGACGAAGAAAGGCGAGGUUGGCCUAAGUUGCACCUUGUGCCAUCUGUGGAAGAUGGCAUGCAUCAGGCCUGACCCAGUGUCCGCGGACAGCACCACUGUCACCACCAUCACCCCCAGCAUCGCUGCUACACCACCUGCAAGAGCUAUCACCACUCGCUCCAAGACAAGCUGGUCAAAGACCACCGGACAGAGCAAGACCGGUGGGCAGUCGUCCAAAGGCAAAGACAGGGAUAUUCGACAUCCCAGUCCCAUCCAAGAGGAAGACGAUGAUGAUGUCCGGAUGAUCGAUGACACUCCGGAAGUGACUGGUACCGGCAGUACCACACCACAACCGGCGCCUCUCGCAUUGGUAGACGAUUUCCCCGCAGACCACUGGAUUGAACUGGGCACUGACGACAUGCCACCUCCACCACCGGUUAUGGCCCCAGAGGACAACAUCCGGGACUCACCCAUCCCUCCGGUCUAUCAUCCACUCUCCUCCAUCGCACCUUCCGGACCCCUUCCAUCCAUCCAGCACCCUCUCGCUAAUGAGGAGAUGGAGGCCAUGUUGGCCCAUAUUCGCAUCAAUAUGGAGGCACUCCAGACACGCGAUAGGAUGGAAGUUGACGUCCGGCAAGAUCACCUGGAGCAUCGCAUCGAAGUCGCCGAAGGAUCGGAUGCUGCCAUGACUGUGCAGAUCAACCAGAUACAGGGGGAUGUGGAUGCACACCAGAGACUCAUAACUGGGUUGUCCAUCCAACUUCAAGCAGUUGUGAGGUAUAUGAGGGGGGAUAGGUCUGACAAAUGGAUGGCAACAACCCCACCGGCAUUCAAUCCACCCCCCAUUGUCGCCGGCCCAUCCAUCAGUGCAUUCGGUUGCACGUUGACCAACGACGUCUUCACUCCGGAUGCAUCUUGGAUGAGCGCCCAGACCGGUGGUGAUCUCAUUGGCAUUGAAGACAGCUCACCGGUCGCAAGGCAAGCACGGGCGCCAUCCACUUCCACCAUCAACCCAGCACUCACCACGACAGUAUCCGGCCCAUCUGUUCCUCCGGGUGAUGCACCACCGGUACCACCUCUCAUUCUCCCGGUGGGGUCCAUGCCUUCACCUGGCACCCUUCACACAUUGAUCACCGGAGGGCCAUCAAAUGUGCUGGACAAUGGUCAGUCCACCUCGGCUCCUUUUCCACGCCAAUGA